AUGUGUCCGGCCAAGACGAAGAAAAGCCGAGCCAAAGCCUCCAAGCCUCCGACCCAAAAGACCAUCGACUGCCCGGAUUGUGGAGAGGCAAUCAUCGUCCCCAAGAAAUGCAAGCACGGCAAGAAUCUGAUCAAAUGCCAAGGCACCGGCUGCUCCACGGCUCACAUCACGGAGCACAACAAACAGUGCCAGCCUGAGUUCCCAAGAGAAUGGAUCAAGGAGGCCACCGAACAGACGAACGCAGCUGCCACAGAGCGGGACAUCCGGAUCCUCCUCAUCCUGCAGGAAAUCAAGAACGUGGAGAAGAUGAGAGGCAGGAAGAUGAAGUAUCUGAAUGGCUUGCCAAAGGCCGACUUCCUCGAGAGCCUGAGGACAAUGGGCUUGGAGCAGGCAAGAUUGGUGGCUCAGAAGUUGAAGGCCGUGGCAGAAGGCACCCUCGAUCUGGACGCGGCCAUGUACGAUGACGAGGAGAGCGAACCCGACAGUGCCGCAUGCCAGACACCGCCCGAAGAAGAAGAAACCUGCAAGAAGGCCGAGGAAGACAAUGCACGAGGCUGA